AUGACACGCUAUCUGACACCGUGGAGGAUCUCUCUACUGUGCCUGAUAACUGUCUACACGGACGGCUUCGUCCCCAACUCAUCCGCCAUCCAUGUGCUCUCAUUCUUGACCGCGGGUCUGUUUCCUCUAGAUCCCGCCGAUAAGCAAUGGGAGAAACACUACUUGUCCAGCAUCGCCGAACUAGAGGAAGUGCUAUCGGGCCACGAAUCCUCAGUUCCGGGUCGAACAAUCUGGGAUCUAUUUUUGAAAAAGCUCUGGUCGCUUGAUUCACUCGAUGCACUGGAGUGGUUCUUUUCCAAUCAUCUGCCGACCCUUCUCACCAAGACGCGUGAACAAUUACUCCAGGACCGAGACAAUGGCCUCGCUCCAGAGCCCGAUAGUAUGCGGCUAUCCCGCAGCUCACCGCUUGGUGCAUUUGUGCGCAGGGCUUACCUUGAAUACACUCGGCUACAGUUCCAUGACUCGGUCAAGCUAUGGUCUGGCUUUGUGAAGUACCGUUUACCGACAUAUCAUGUCUAUGCGCGGAGGAAUCCGUCUGACAGUCAUGAUCCAGUCGAUAUUAACCUCUUUGACCAAGGCCUGGACUCUACCAGUUACCUGUCUCGGGUGGUUUAUGGCAACAUUGGCGACGAGGAAAGGGACGAGGGCGUGGUCGGUGUCAAGGAUGCAGAGCGUCUGGUGGAAUUUCAGGUUGGAGAACUACAGAGAUUGGGAGGUAGAGUGCCAGAUGAGAUGCGGGCACAGCUCAAGCGCAUCAUGACAUCGGAGUCUUCGGUCCCAGUCCUUAUGUACUACCUGGAAUAUCUCGAUGCCUGGCGAGCCGGUGACUAUACGUCAGCCUUUGACAACCUGCAUCGAUACUUCGACUACACUAUGCACAACAAUCAAGACCGCAGUGCAUAUCAAUUUGCGCUACUGAACCUGGCUAUCAUCCAGGCAGACUUUGAGUGCUUCAACGAAGCUAUAUCCGCCGUGCAAGAAGCUGUAGCCAUUGCUCGCGAGUCCCAUGACAUGAACUGUCUUAACUUUUGCAUGAGCUGGCUCUAUCAUUUUGGUAAAGCAUUCCCCGAGCAGAUGCGAGAGGUGCAGAACAGUGGCAUGCUGGGCAACGAGAAAGAAGGCCUUGCAUUCCUCAAGGCCAAGUCGAAAGAGACUGAUAUGUGGUCACUGAUGAGUACUACGUUACUGAGUGAGGCCAAAUUAGAGAUGCAGCAGGGCGAGAGUCUUGCAUCGAUUGUCGAAUCGUUUGUGCGGGCUUCUCAUGUCAAUGUGACAAAGAACCUGUCGACCCCCACGGGCGCGUACAUGGUGCUUCAGAGCGCUAUGUAUGCUAGGAUAGGUGCUACCCAUCUUGCUUGGCUGAACACCGAAAUCUUCCGCGAAUGUUAUACAGAAGGCCAUCCAUUCGACGACUAUGUCAAAAUUACAUUCAGAAACUGCCAGAUUCUGGCACAAAAGGGAAACUACAAAGAAGCCUUCGCACGCAUGAACAAUGUCGAACCUGAACGACUCCGAGCCAUGAAAUACAAUAAUGCCUGGACAUAUUACUCUGGGCUCCUCCAACUCAAACGACAAAUCUGCCGCGACGACAAAGUAGCAGUAGAACAUAUCCUGUCUCAACUUCAGGCAGUCCAACUAAUAGACUUUGAUCUUCGCCUCCUUCUCGCCUUCCACACAAUUGAAUUCACAAUCCGCCAGGGGGACCAUGGCCGUGCCCUCCGUAUGGUCGAACAAGCCGCCCACUCCAUGCAACCCGAGAACUUCGACGUCCACUCCCAAAUCAAACUCCUCUGCUUGAAGGCUCGCAUCCUCGAAAAAUCUGGCCACCCAGAGCGUGGCUUUUCGCUCGCCAUGCGCGCCGCUAGCAUCGCCCUUCGCUCUAAAGUCCUUUUUGAUCUCUGGGAAGCCAUCUGUACCCUCGCUGCUGUUCUCCUAAGUCUACACGAGUUUGAAGCUACAGCUGAGCUUAUCGAGAGUAUCAUGCCCCAAGUGCUGGAGAGUGAUGACUCUGCGCUGAUAGCUCGCGCAUACUCGCUGCUCGUUGAUGCGAAUAUGGGCAUCGCGGGCGAAUUAUGGGCGCGUCUUGGGAAGGAGAGCAUACCCAUGAGGAAGGAGUAUGUGAACCGUGCGAUUGGCUAUAUCGACUCUGCCUACGACUCAUACGAGGAGAUCGAGGAUAUCCUUGGCCAGACUGAAAUGAUGGCUAAGAAGGCAACUGUUAUGCAUAUUACGGGUGAUCCAGUCUUGGCUAAUGAUUAUGCUGCGAAGUAUCUGGAUCUAAGGAGGCGGAGGGGAACUGAAACUUGA